AUGAGACCUAUCUCUUGGUAUAAAAAUCGCGGAGGGGGCGCGCUCGGCGCAUUCUACGUCUGCGACCGUUGUAAGGGUUCGACUGGCGGAAAGCGGCUCUCGGCGCAGUUUGCAGUUGGACGCGGGGGUGAACUAUCGCCCCCGCGUCUUGUGAACACUGCUGCAUUGCAACUUAGUUUAGAGCCAGCGCACGCGAUGUGUUUGCCGCCGCCUGCCGCCCUGGCCGCCGGCGUAGCGUCGCCACGCCGACCGGCCGCACCGGCAGCGCUAUCAGCCGCCGCUGGCGCCGCUCCUCGCGAGCGGCGUGCAGAGUGCGCGCGGGAGUUGUGCUCAGAUGGAUACACAACACCCAGAAAAUGAUGGAUAAUAUUAAGAUUUUCAAUAUAUCUGUCUAUUAGUCAUAACAUAACAUGUAAAAAAAAAGUUUAACGUACGUUAAGAAGUAUAUUAAUUAGGUAUAUAUUUCUUUAUUUAUAAAAAAAGAUGGUAAAAGGGUUAGGGUAAAAACAAAAUAAAACAUCAAAAAAAAAUUUAUAAAAAUAAAAAAAUAUAAAAAAAAAUACAGUAAAAUAGCUCUUCAUUUAAAUUUAUGGUUAAGCAUAUACUAUAGCUUAGUUUAGGUUUAUAAAAAAAAGAUAUCAGGGUUCAGUAAAAAACAUCAAGUGGUUCAGUGCAACAAUAAAUAUUAAUAAAUAAAAAAAAGGUACAGUAAAAUAGCUCUUACUUGAAAUUUUUGGUUAAGCAUUAUACUACAAGCUUGGACUGAUAAGUAUAGAUGAUAUUCCUGUGACUUG